UUGGGGACAAAAUAGGGAUACCCGAAUAGGUGAUCCACGAUGAAGGUCGCCUGAUAGCUCGCUUCCACCUGACUCGUCCCCGUCGCGAGGAGGAGGCCCUGGAAGCAAAAGGAAUACCUGCACCAAAACUGAGGGGCCUGUGGAGAAAGAGAUGUCGUCGACGGCAGUCAGACCCAAGCCAACGCUGCCCACGAUCGCCCACUCGAAGAGACCUAUCAUCAUCUAUCCGACAGUUUCCCCCGAAAGCGUGAUCAUACCCAUAGUCUCUUGCAUCGUCGGUUUCCCGGUCCUGGCGCUCCUGGUCAUAUGCUGCCUGCGGAGAAGAGCAAAAUUGGCCCGCGCCCGGGCCCGACGAAGGAACUGCGACGUCGAACAUGGGGCACUCAGUCUCGUCAGGUUCAGCCCCGUGCACCGCUUAGCCGGCAUCGAGAAACCCCCCAAGACCGUGAAUCUCCGCGGCGACAGAGGCUCGAGGGCGUUCGCCGCAUUGGAGCUGGACACUGUGCUCGAGGAGCGCUCCGAUCCCGAGCUGAGCACCGCCGUGGAACUCAGUAGUCCCGAAUAACAUUCGGCCCCGGCGAUUUCCAGAUCGCCACGGCCGUCGAGAUCGAACGCGG